GGACGCUAGCCCAACAUCUGGAAACCUUGCUGCGGCAGGGCGCUGGACGGGCUUCCUGGAUCCCGCAGCGGGCUGGAGAGCAUCCCACCAUUCCAGUGGACCUGGGAGACGGUGUCUUAGUCUCUCUGCCUGAGACGUGAGUGGCCAGACACCUUGCGCUGCGACUGCCAUCGCGGAGGUGUCACCUCUGAAAUGGGUCCUUAGUUUGAGAGCUUCCGGAAGCUUCCCACUGCCACCAUGGAUACCUCUCCCUUCCUGGUCUCACUGUUCCCGAGGUCCUCCCAGGGGGAAAAUAGCAGCAAGCCCCAGGGCAUCCUAUUCAACUUCUCUGACCACUGUCAGGAUUCAGGGGACCUCAUGGGCUUUAUCGUCACCUCAUACAGCAUCGAGACCAUUGUGGGGGUCCUGGGGAACCUCUGCCUGAUCUGUGUGACCCUGAGGCAGAAGGAGAAGGCCAAUGUGACCAGCCUGCUCAUUGCCAACCUGGCCUUCUCUGACUUCCUCAUGUGUCUCAUCUGCCAGCCCCUCACGGUCAUCUAUACCAUCAUGGACUACUGGAUCUUUGGUGAGGUGCUUUGCAAGAUGUCAGCCUUCAUCCAGUGCAUGUCAGUGACGGUCUCCAUCCUCUCACUUGUCCUCGUGGCCCUGGAGAGGCACCAGCUUAUUAUUAACCCUACUGGCUGGAAGCCCAGCAUCCCCCAGGCCUACCUGGGUAUUGUGAUCAUUUGGCUCAUGGCCUGCAUCCUCUCCUUGCCCUUCCUGGCCAACAGCAUCCUGGAGAACAUCUUUCACAAGAACCACUCCAAGGCUCUGGCAUUUCUGGAGGACAAGGUGGCCUGCAAGGAGUCCUGGCCUGUGGAUCACCAUCGUGUCAUCUAUACCACCUUCCUGCUGCUCUUCCAGUACUGCAUCCCACUGGCCUUUAUCCUCAUCUGCUAUGUGCGCAUCUCCCAGCGCCUACGGAGACAAGGGCGCGUGUUCUGCAGGAACUCAAGAGCUGGGCAGAUGAAGAGGAUCAACGGGGUACUCGCGGCGAUGGUGGGUGCCUUUGCAGUGCUCUGGCUGCCCCUGCAUGUGUUCAACACUCUGGAGGACUGGCACCAUGAGGCCAUCCCUGUCUGCCACGGCAACCUCAUCUUCCUGGUGUGCCACCUACUUGCCAUGGCCUCCACCUGUGUCAACCCCUUCAUCUAUGGCUUUCUCAACACCAACUUCAAGAAGGAGGUCAAGGCCCUGGUGCUGACCUGCCAGCAGAGCCCACCGCUGGAGGAGUCUGAGCACCUGCCCCUGUCCACUGUGCACACAGAAAUCUCCAAAGGGUCUCUGAGAUUAAGUGGCAGGUCCAACCCCAUUUAGCCAGCUCUAAGGCUCAUCACUGUCCCAUCACUUGCCAGGACUUGUCCCUUAACCCAGUGGAGACACUGCAAACUGGGGACAGUGCUCCAGAUUUCCUGACUUUUGGGGUCCAGAAAGAGCCUGUUUUUGCAUCCUCCAUAUGUGAAUUCUGAGAUCCCAUGGUUCAGCUUCUUGUUCCUUGGAGAAUUUGGGAUCCAGAUUCUGUAGGUCAUGGUGAAUGUGGCAGCUAGAGCCGCAGAUUGCCAGGGCUGGAGAUGCCUGCCUGGCACAGUCAGGGUUCAUGCGGGGAAGUUGGUGGCAGAUGCCUGGUUGGGAAGCCAGGGACGUGGCCCUUACCAGUGAGACCUUGAGGUUGCUGUGGGUGAGGGAAGGGGCACUUGGAGCCAGAGCUCUGGCCGCAUUUCCUAAGAGGGAGGAAUCCGUGCACGCAGGGCAGUGGGCUUCCAGUGGAGAGGAUGGAUCUGUAGUCAUGGGUCCUCAGGCCCUGCGAUGGGGGCCCAUAGCUCACAUCUCACCCCACUUUGUGUCUGCCACCUUGUAUGGCUAUCAACCUGUCCUUGAAGACAUAGUGAAUGCCUUGAGAGUGACAUCUUUAAUGUUACAGGGAUCAUGUCCUUCUUAGCUAGCACUGGCUUUAGCACAGGGAAAGAGCAUGAGAAAAGCUUGCUGUCAUGAAUCUAAGGUCAAGGUGCCUCUCACUACU